CCCGCUUCUGGGAGACGCGCCUGGCCCCGGAGCCUCCCGCCGGCUUCCACCGGGGACGCGGAGAAGGCUUGCCCGGGAAAUUAUGCAGCUGAAGCGGAGGGAGAGCUUCUGCCGGGGCUGGAAGGGCUCCUCUGCCUGCCGCGAACGCUCAGAGCAGAGGCGGCCGGAGCUGCGCCCGCCCGGGGAUUCCGCGCAGGGCUGCCCGCCUGCGCUCGCCCACCGGCCGGGACUGGGCGGGCGGAGCGGGUCUGGCCUGCGGUGAAGAGGCGCUCCCCCUCCGGCCGACCCUCUGCGCUGCGGAGCCUCCCAACGGCUGCCCCCGCCGAGGCCGGGAGGCGCCGCGUCCGCUCCGCUGACCCGACAGCGUCGGGCGGGGGAUCGCGGGCUUCCCCGGCGCCCUCCGCCUCCCCCGCGCCCGCCGAGGGAGCCGUGUGAGCCGGGCCGCCCCUCCCUCCCUCCUGGCUGGGCCGGGCGAGCGGCGGCGGCGGCGGGCAAGUCCGGACACGUCCCUGGCUCCGCGCGGGCGACGGGGCUGCUCUCGCUGGCUGAGCGAGAAGCGGAGCCGAGGCCGCGCGUCGCCUCCCGGCCGGGGCCGGGUCGCUUGUAUUCCAGAUAGCAGCGAACGGAGCAGUUCAACAUGGAGAAGGGAGCUGCGCUGCGUCUUACGCUGAUCAUCGUGGCCGAGGCUCUCGCGUCCCAGUCCAUGGCAAACCCCGUGGAAUGUCGAGAGAGUGAAUACCUGGACAAUCACGGCAAAUGCAGCCCCUGCAAGGAGUGUGGCCCGGGAUUCGAACUUUCCAAGGAGUGUGGCUAUGGGGAAGGAAGAGGGGCUGAGUGCAGCCCAUGCCAGCCCAGGAGGUUCAAGGACAGCUGGGGAGUGCACGGCUGCAAGUCCUGUGUCUCCUGCACACUGAUUAACCGGGCCCAGAAGUCCAACUGCAGUGCAACCUCCGAUGCCACCUGUGGAGGCUGCUUCCCCGGCUUCUACAGUAAAACUCAGAUUGGUGGAUUCCAGGACCUUGAAUGUGUACCCUGCACAAAGCAGACCCCAUCCUCUGAACAACAGUGCCUCUCUAGAAUUGGCUUAGAAGAAAGUUCCACGGAUCCUGUCCAAGACCCGGCUCUGGUGGUGCUCACGAGCAGUGCCCUGGUGCUCCUGGUGCUGGUCCUUCUGACGGUCGCCGUUCUCUACUGCCAACAGUUCUGGAAGAGCCAGUGCCAGCAUGUGUUUUUGAAAAGUCAGACUGUCUCUGGUCAGAGAGGGACACUUCGGACAUCUGGGCUGACUGGUUUCCAUGAACUGCCGCCAGAUGCUUGCUCCUUGGACGUCAAGAACUUCAAGUCUCCCUACAGAUCCACAGAAGGCCCUGUCAGAGCUCUUCAGUUGAUCCCAGGUGUGGACGUUUCUGGAUCUCACCUCCCCCAUCCACAGCCUGAUAUGGAUUCGUCCAGACUGAUGAUAGUCACUUCCAAGAACCCUCCAGCCAGGAGCCCCUUGGAGACGCGGCCCGUGAUGGGGGCUUCUGGGCUCCAAAGCUACUCCUUCCCUGGGGGUUUUUCCGAGUGCAGAGAGGUCCGCAGCAGAGGCCCUGAUGGCCCAGCCCAGCCCUCUUCCUGCGCCAGGGAAUCACAGCAUUGCUGGCCUCACACCCCGGUGGAAUGCACUGAGCUGGAUCUGCAGGCCUUCUCUGCCUGGGCAGGGAAGGGGACGGCCAAGACCGAAACCCCAGGCAAGCAGACACUGUCACCUGAAGUGCCCCCCUGGUCUGCCUGUCCAGCAGCCCAGCCUGGGCUCUCUCUGGAAGCGGCUUCGGUCCCGUGUUCCUCCUUCCAAAACCCGACACUAGAAAGUGGAGAACUCCUGCAAAGUUCCUCUAGCAGUGUUUCUCUGGAGCAGCCACCACGUUGAAUAUUUACAGUUUCACUCUCUCCUCUCUUUUGUACACUUCAGCCCUUGCUACUCUUCACAUGGAUGUUGUGGCACUGGCAACAUUGGUCGAGCUAAAGAGACUCUGCCUUCCAUGUGGAUUUUGUGGCAUUGUCAGGCUGUCUUCUCUUUAAUGCCAUCCAGCCGCACCCCAAACUGAAGAGGUCGGCCCAUCCCCACUGACUGAUGCAGAAGGCUGGCACUGAGCCAGACAUCAAGACUACAAAAGCUUAUUGACUUCCAGGCCAGUUUUGGAAGAACGUCUUCCUGUUGUCUUCUCAGCGUAAAGCUCUGCAGAAGAUUCAGCAUUUUGAUGCUUUUUGGCUUUGUGACUGAUUUAUUGGGACUUCAGCCCAUAAUGUCCGACUCUAGAAUGUUUUCUACUCGUCUAUGAGAAGACUUGUAACAACCGAACGGCCCAUCCAAGCCUUGUCUCUUAGAGUAAAAUCUUAAACAGAGCAAAAAGAGUUUACUUAUGGAUCAGGGGAGAAAAGAAAUCCAAGGAGAGACCUGGACUAUCAUGUGUCUGCUUGAUUUCUCCAUGAAAUUCACCUUCUGAUCAGCUUUGCAAGAAGGUUGCAGAGUCGGAGGAGAGCUUCCGAGCACUCCAUGUCCAUCUCCUGGUUUCUCCCAUUGGUUACCAUUUGGCUCCUCACAAUGGAGUUCCUGUACUUGAAAACUGUGGAACUUAAGUGGGUUGUUUUGUUCAUUGUUAAAAAUGUGGUUUAUUUUCAGGGCAUGGAGGGAAGUUAUAAUAUUCCAGUAAUCCCUGAAAAAACUAUCUUACAUUGCUGUAGAUUUGAGGUGUUCUUUUUGCUCUGGACAUUUAUAAUAAUUUCAACAUGGCUGUUUUCAACAUCUGCCUUGAUCCUUCUGAGCUGAGCUCUUCAGCAAACGUCAAACGCUGCCCCUUCCCUCUUUAUUGGACACUUUCAGGAAAGGGUUCUAACCACGCUUGUUGGUUUCCCCUUUGAAUAGAGUUGUAGCAGAAAAGGUACUGUACAUUUUUUUAAAAUCCAGAAGCUCUGAGUAUUAUGUAUUUUCCAUUGGUUCUAGAGGAGUAUCUCCACUCGUAGUUUGGCAGUUCAUUCAGUGUUCUUUCCUUGUCUUUGUGCAUGGUAAAAGGUCCGUCUGAAAUGCCCGCCUUCCUUCUCAGAUGCGGCUUUGUCAUUUCAGGGAUGUAUCUGACAAUCCAUCUUUAUGUUGUCAGUUCCAGAAUUCAGUUCCCUAUAUAAACAAAGAUAGUCCUGACUUAAUAACCCUAAUUGGGACUGACAAGUCUGCUGCUCAGCAAAGCAGUCGCUAAAAGGAAAAUCACAUGACCGGGACUGUGCUUUCAGGCUGGGAAGAGACAAAACUACUCAGUUUCACACCUUUUGGCUUUUGUAUGCCUCCUAAACAUUCUCUCCUCCCCCCCCCCCCCACUGUCACCACCUUUGGAACACUCACAAGUUCCUGCUUUCUGUCUUGUGCACAUUGAAAGCAAAGCCAUUGUGUUGCAAGGGGGGGGAGGCUGGGAGCCAUGGGGACUGCCUGUAGUUUUGAAAACCACUGAAGGAAGGCAGCAGGCCAAGAUUGCCUUAUUGAGUCAUCCUUAACCAGGCUUCCUUGGAUCUGGACAUUGUUUCCUACAUGGUUAGUAUUUAAUUAUCUGAGCCUGGAGGCACCCUAGCAGUUCACCAUCCUGGCUUGGUAAUGAUAACUCUGUCACGAAUAUAAAGAUGUAUCUGGGGAUCUCCUGCCAAUCAGAAAUGGAAAGGUGUGUUUCUUGUAUAAUAUGCUGAAAGCGUUUUGUGUGGUCAUUGUGGGUUUAAGAUAGGAGGGAUCAGGACGGCUUUGAAUUGCCAAUUGGGGCAAUUGUAUUUUGGACCUGACUAUUAAGACAAUAAGUACUCAGCCAAAUGUAUGGCUUUUCUUUCAGCUAAUAUGCUGUGGCUGUUGCUGGUUGUUGACUUGAACUGCCACAGGAACUCCUUCUGAUGAAUGCAAUUUUACUGUAACAUUUCAGAGAGUCUCUGGUACAGACCUUUUUUUGUAAUAGACUAUAAAGCUUCAAUAUCUCAUCUCAUUUAAUAAUUAUAAUGACUUUGGGUUAGUUAAAUUGCUCUUUCUUACAUCAUCAUUGCCACAUUUGCCUGAAAUGCAGACACAAUUGGUGAAUUGGUUGACUGGGUUCUCAUAGAUUAUAUGAGACUGCAGUUGGUAACUAAAAAUUCAGGCUUCUCUGCAGUCAUUAAGCAGAUAUGCAGCAGAUUGUCAAAAUUCAGCUGUCAUUGUCAUUGCAUUUGUGUGAUCAAGUGUCAUGGGAAUCUUUGAGUAAACACAAAUAUAAGCCUAUCAUUUAGGGGUCCUUAUAGUGAUUUACUUCACUGAUCUUACAAAAUAUACAAGUUAUUUUUAAUGAUUAUUGAAUAGGAAUUUUCUUUGGAAAAUUUUGUUGUGAUUAUUUUGUGAAUGACAUUCUGUUGGCUAAAGCAAGUUUAGAAAAGAUACAUCUUCUAUUUUAACCAGAAUAAUAACCCUGGUGUAUCUCUAAUUAAUUGCUCUUAAAGCCUCACAUUUGUAUUUUAUAUGUUAUCCUAAGUUUAGGAACCAUCUCGCAUAUUCAGGGGUGAGGCCAUUCCUUUUAGGAGUUAUAGCAGGCAUGUCAAAUUUGCGAUGUCGUGUGAUGUCACGCAACAUAUUGUGACUUUUUCCCCAUUGCCGGCAAUGGGGUGGGUGCGGUCUUGGCAUGACGCAUCCGGCCCGUGGGCCAGCAGUUUGACAUGCCUAAGGCAUAGAGAUCGCCUGAAAGCAUUCUAUAGUUGCUUGGUAGAUUGAUUUAUGUAAGAUCUAACCAGAGGCUGAGGGUGCAGAGUGGUCUACAACCACCAUGUAAAAUAAUUCAUCCAAAACUAGGCUGUGUACUCUUUGUGAGUCAAGGAGACCGAUGUGAGGAAGUUGCCAUCAGAUACCAUCUGAAGCCUCUAAUCUUGUACAAAUAGAAAUGUUGUAAAUAGAAAUGGAUCCUUCAGAUUCAUGUACAAAAGGAAUCUUAUUGCUGCACUGUUAUUACCAGCCCUUGCGUUUCUGCUUGGCAUCAAUGUGCUGCAAUCUACAAAGUUGUGAAGAUCUUACUGCCAGCUGCCCUGCCUGAAUAAUGUGAAAAACAACAAUUGCAUUUCAAAACUACUUUCUGUACUUUGUUUUAUAUUGGGUAUAAAUGAUUAGUGUAUAGAAGACUACUAUAGUGAUAAAUACAGACUCUCUUAAGAAGUGAAUGUUUUUUUAAGCAAUGAGAAUUUGUUUUGCAACUCUACAGUGGAAGAAUCACUGCUGAAUGAAAUCUGUUUUUCCUGUUUUGAAAAUCUCCUGUAAAAGAGGCCACCAUUUUUUUUAAUCUCACUCUCAAUGCUUGUUUUUAACAAAGUAAAAUAUUGUUGAUUUAUAGCUUUGGAAUAAAUAGAUUUUUGAAAGUUCAGUCACAGAACAGCUUAAAAAUUUGUGCCUGGUGUUUGCUUUUCCCAGCCAACAGCACUGGAGAACUGUAGGCAGGCAAAGGAUAUCAGAGCUCAGGUUUAAAAAGAGUUGUAUUAUUUUCACACUAUCAAAAAUAUUCUUACCAGGCUGGAAAUAGAAGCAUUUUAAAGUAUUGGGAUUUAUAUAUUCUUAGUUUUAGUUUUCAUUUUUAAUAAACCUCAACUGAUGAUGGAAACUUUUAUUUUUAAAAGGAAGUUGUUUCCAAAACAGGGAAAAGGUAGGGACAUCUUUGGGAAGUCAGAGUUCCUGCUUCUUUGCAUUUAUUUAUUUUGAGGGGAAAGUACCUCAUGUAUUUUUUUGUAUGUGAAGUUCUGCAUUGAUUUUCCUGUCAUUUUAAAUGCCACUAUUUUAAUAGUGAUUUGGGGAAUCUUUAUUUUGAAUAUAAACAAUUAUCCAUGUGAAGCAUUUUGUACUUGCGUGGAAAGAAAUAAAAGUGU